ACACAUCAAAGCAAACUUUUCUCUCAUUUGCAUUGCGUCCUCUUUUUACCUUUUCCUUUUCGCAUAGCAUUGUAAUAUUUAAUCCUUUCCUUCCCAUACCUGUCCUGAUUAUUUUUGGUCUGUUUUAUUUAUUUAUUUAUUUUUUUUGACAGCUGAUCUUUCAUCGACCAAAAGGACAAAAACACACAAAAAAACAAAAAAAGGGAAAAAAGAAAAAAAAAAAACUUCAAAAUAAGAAAUUAGUAAUUGUAACUGAUUACCACAAUGCAAACUCAGCAAACAUCCAUUCCUGCAAGUGCCGAAGAUCCCAUCACCACUGCCUCUUCCAUGUUGGUCACGUCGGAUAACAAGCGCGUAAAUUCUGUGGACCAUGAAACUGAAGACACAAAAGACAAGCAUAACCAUCGUAACAUGCCCAAGGAUACUCUCUCUGCUCAAUGUACAAACCAGACGAAUCCCGACACCAACAAUAGCAUCACUACCGACACUACUAGUAUUGAGGGAUCCAAUGUUGCAGACCCAACCGCAACCCCAACCGCAACCUCGACUGCAGCCUCCACUUCUGCCGUAUUAGAGCCAUCAAAGCGAACCAACAAGAAAAAGUCUGGUCGUUCCAAAAAAUUGGUGGCACGUCGCGGCCCACACCGAUCGUCCGGUGAGGAGGUAGUUGAGUUGGCAGUGAGUAGCUCGGAUGAAGAUGGCGAUCAUGGGCAUGCGUCUAGUAACUCUGAGAGCGAUGAUCCAGACACUGAGGAGGAGGCAGAUCUGCAGAUCAAAAAAUUGGCGCUCGAAAAGCUGUCACUGGAACGAAAAGACGAUUCUUCUUCAACUCCAAACAAUAAAGCGCUACCGCCUCGUAAGCACCAAAACCAACAAAGCUGCGGUCGUGCAGUGUCGCAAGAAGGUCGCCCAUCCCAGCCUCCUAACCAUAAUAGAGAAUCUACGCCAGCCUCGCCCACGCAUUCUCCUUCGCCAGCUGCCUCCAACUUGACGUCCUCCACCAAGAAAAAGCGCAAUAGAAAGGCGAAACAGGAUCAAAAAGCUAGUCAGUCCACUGGCACAGGUGAUAAGGAAAUCACAUCACAGAAUGAAAAAACUGGAACUGAUAGAGCUAAUCAUCAUCCACCCAACAGCAACAGCCCUCCUCAGUUUCAUCAACAUGGCUCUAAUGUGUCAACAAAGGUGAAUAAACGGCCCCCCAAACAAGGAGCCCCAGCCUCGUCUAAAUUAACUACCCCUUCGUCCUCAUCCUCUGCCAAGGAUGAUCAAGGAACUGGAUCAUCAUCGGUGGACGGCUGGGGAUCCGCGCCUUCAGCACCAGUAGACAGUUGGGGGCCCGCACCUUCAGCACCAGUAGACAGUUGGGGACCCGCACCCUCAGCACCAGUAGAUAGUUGGGGAUCAACACCAUCAUCAAAAGGUGGUUGGGGUGACUCGCCUACGCCCAAGGCUUGGGGUUCUUCAAAAGCUCUCUCAUCCUCAGCUUCCGCCAAGGAUAGUAGGGGACACACGUCAUCAGUAUCAAAGAGUGGCUGGGGUCACCCUUCGAAGGCUUCAUCGUCCUCUACCAAGGAUAACUGGGGAUCCGCGUCACCAGUGUCAGCGGAUAAUCGGGGCGAUUCAUCAGCAAGGCAGGUGCAGCGUCCCCCAAAGGCUUCAUCAUCCUCACCUUCUAAGGAUAGUUGGGGAUCCGCGCCAUCAGCACCAGCGAGCAGUUGGGGUGACUCAUCGAAAGGUUCAUCAUCCUCCACCAAGGAUGGUCGGGGAUCUGCACCACAAGCGUCAACAAGCGGCUGGGGCGAUUCUCCUGCAACACAGGUCCAGGGUUCCUCGGAGGCUCCAUCAUCCUCGUCCUCUACCACGGAUGGUUGGGGCCCUGCGCCAACAGUGUCAGGGGAUAGUUGGGGUGAACCACCUGCACCUGAGGCUUGGGGUUCAGCAGAAAAAUCGGGUUGGGAUACACAGGAAGCUCAUCAAGAGGCUCAGCAGCAUAGCAAAUCCUCUGCGCAUCUGGGAAAGCCUCUGUCACGUGGCCGUGGCGGAAGAGCUGCAGCAGAAGCACGGGUUGAAUAUCGCAAAAAGUUGGCGGAAGAUCCAAGAUUCGUCCCUCAUCUUGGGGAGUUCUGGGGCCAUGAUGAUCGAUACAGGGGUGCAGGGUUAAAGAAUUUUGGUGACCGCGGUGGCUUUAGAGGUCGUUUCAUGGGAAGAGGAGGAAUUGGACGAGGAGGCAUGCCUCAAGGUCCAACUAGAGCUGAUGUUAGGGAUGAGCCCCUUACCUCCGCGGAGAAGAAUCAACACCCACAAAACGCUGAUGAUAAAGGGAUCAAUUCAGCGAAAACAAAAUCUGACCGAUGGAGCCACGAUGGUUACGACCAAUUGAUGAAGGUACAGGAAAAGAAUCAUCGCCACCAAAAGAACGAUGCUCGACCUCGUUCCAUGAAUGCUAAGCCCUUUACUCAAAAUAAUCCAGAGUCAUCUGCUGCCGGUAAAAUUGAUGCAUCUAAAGGUGAUACAUCCAAUUCUAAGCCUGCCUCCAAAACCACUGAAAGUACUAGCGUCAAGGUUGCAGAGAGUGGAGGAGGUCAUUUGCAGGAAGAGACUGCUCCCGAAUCAGGAUUAGCUUCAUCGUCCAGUAAAACAGAUCGUCCUCGCUCAUCGGCCCAAGACCUGAGACGCGCCUCACGUUUGUUGCAAUCCGCACUUCCCAAAUCAACCAAGGCUUCUGUAACGAACCCAACAACUGCUUCAAAUGAUGCCAGCAAAGAUGAUUCUGUCAAGAGCCAGGAAAAUACUCAGGAUAAUGACAUUAUAGACUCCACCGCCAUCACUGAUACCGACGCAAAUGACAAGGCAGCUGAAAUGUCAUCUCCUCCUACUAGCUCAAAAUACCGUCAGCCAAUACCCCAGAAUCAACCUGCAAUUCAGUCCUCUGGCUCCCGAUCUCCGUUCAUUCCCGGCAACUUUUCAAGUCGCGGACGCGGUCGUGGGCAGUUCCAUUCAGGGCAUUCCAUAAACAAUCACCGUUCUCAUCAGAAUUUGCAACAACAAUCUCAACCAACAACGCAAGAGACUGAGGAACUUAGGGAAGACACUGAGAAGAUUGAAAGCGCUACACGGGACCGGCCAAGGACUAACAAUGUAAAUGUGUCCAAAAGGUAUAUUGGAAGUCGCCAGGAGGAAAAGGACAGCACUAAUUCUAAUGGCAAAUUGGAGGAUAAGAAGAAGGCUAGCGAAGCUGGAGCUACUGCAUCUAAAGAGUCAACAGCCUCUGGCAGCUCAAAAUCUCUCAAGACCGCCAUCCAUGCUGCCCCUUUCAAGCCUUCCGGAAAAGCCUUUGCUUCUGUUGAACAGGAUGUGCCGGCUGAGGUUAUUGAUGAUGAAGCUUAUUAUGACGAUGGAUAUGUCGAUGGAUACGGCGAUGGAUAUGACGAUGGAUAUUAUUAUGAUCCUCAGCAAAUGACACAGCCAAUGUACUACUACUACUAUCCUCCUGUUAACAUGCCCAAUGGAGACUCGGGCUCUGUUGCAUCGAUGAAUAUGCCAGUACCUGUACCAGUAGGAAUGCCAGUUGGAAUGCCAGUAGGAAUGCCAAUGGGCAUGCCCAUGCAUAGUCAGUCAUAUAUGGCCCCUAUGUAUUUUGAGGGUGUUCCGACUACUGACUCAGUUCCGACCACUAUCAAUGGCGCUACUGCAGCGGCGUCCAUCGCAGUUCCAGGACUUGGUGGAGAGCUAAUGAUGAUGACACCAGAGGACUAUAACAAUUACUAUUACUACCAACCGACUAUUUAUUAUCCUCCUCAUCCUCCCACGCAAUACCCUGAUCCACAAUACCAUCAUGGCAACCUCUCAAACCAGAAUCAACAGUCUACUACAGGGUCACAGACGAAGGCGUAAAAAAGAAUAUAUUACAAUAAUAUUAAAAAAAAAAGAUGCU